AUGGGCCUCGACGACAUCCCAACAAACGAGAGUGGCAUCACGGCCGACGCGGGGUUCUCGUUCCUCGAUGCACUGACGCAGCCGUUCCAGCAGCACCAGCACCACCCGCACCAGCAACACCAGCACCAGCAUGCAGGUGCGAAUGUGGCGCCAGCAGCGACCGUGAUGCCUUCGCUUGGGUCGUCGACUUCGCCGGCCUCUGCAACCUCGUCGACAAAGCCCUCCUGGCCCGCAUACACGGGCCCUCCGUCGCCCCCAAACGGGCCAGAUAAUACCGACGCCGACGGCGUCCAAGGCGACAACUGGCGUGAGUUGCGGGCCGUGUGGGCUGCCAAGGGGCGCGAGGCGCGGGGCGAGGGCUUGAGCGAGUGGGACUGUUUCCUCCCGCUGGGCUACUACCGCAAGGACCGGGAUACUCUCGAUCCCAGCUCCACGCCAGCGCCCAAGCCCAAGGUCCCAGCCCAGCCCACCGACGGCGCGGGGAACCGAGACGUCAUUCCCAACCUGUGGGGGUGGACGUUCCAGGACACCCCUUGGGCCCGGAACGCCCGCGAAUUCCUCGAGCAGCCCCUCCCUACUACAACUGUGAAGCAAGCUGCAAACUACCAGCCCCGCCUGCGCCGCCCGUAUGUCCCCGGCACGGAGGGGACGAUUGUCGAGGUGCUCGUCGAUCCGGCACUCGACCCUGUCUUGGCCCAGUUCAAGUUUCUGUGGCUUGACGAGAAGACGUACGAGUAUGUCAAGACCAGCUUGAAGCUCGCACAAUACGUCCCUGGGCAUGAUCCUGGCGCCUUCCGCAUGCCAGAGUCGCUCUACACUGUCAAUACGCUUGUAAGCGUAUACGCACAUCACUUUUACAACCAGCUCCCGGUUGUCCACCUGCCAACAUUCAACAUCUCAAAGGCACCACCACUGCUCGUCGCCGCCAUUCUGUGUAUUGGCGCCACUUUGAGCAAGCUCCCUGGAACUAGGCCGUUCGCCGUUGAUCUGCUUGAAAUGAUCCGGCGCGCCGUCUACGCCCUGUUUGAAAUGGACAGUGUGAAUCUCCGCAGCCUCGACCUUGUCCACGUCUGCAUGGCGACAACAUUUAUGGGCCUGUGGUCUGGCCACCAGCGCUCCUACGAGCUUGCGGAGAUUACCCGUGGCAUGCUCGUCCAGCUAGUCCGCAAGACCAACCUCCUCAACACUCCCGUCGACGUCAAGCACCUCUACGCCAACAUGCCUGGAACAGUGCACGAGCGGUGGCAGUGGUGGAUCACACUCGAGAGCCGCAAGCGCCUGGGCAUCGGAGUCUUCAUCAUCGAUUCCCUCUUCCCCGUGUUCCUCGACACGCCGAGUUAUCUCUCCCGAUCUGAGAUGCUCAACACUGCUCUGCCUUGUGAUGAAAACCUCUGGCGCGCUCAGACCGCCGAGGAGUGGGCAUCACUUCUCAAUGGGGAACUGCUGCCACCACCACGGUACUACACCAGAGGACUAUCCAAUCCACCACCGCCACUCCAGCCGAUGAACUCGUGGGGCGCACUCGUCCUCAUCACCGGCAUUCACCAUCACCUGUGGGACUAUCGCGCACAAGUGUCGGUGUAUCAAAGUGUAGAAGCCGACACAAAAGCCGGCGACCAGGACGUGUCCGUUGGCGUGGAACAGGGCAUGAUGUCACUGGGCCACGCGCUCGAGUUGUGGCGAAGAGAGUACUACGACCUGCCCGAAGGGGGGCCUCUCCUGCGUGCAGGACGACUACUGUAUCACCUAGGCCACAUCGCCCUGCGCACCAACAUUCGAGACCUGUAUACCAUGGCUGGCAAAAACGGCACCGAUUCUACACAUGCCGUCGUGCCGGCCCUCCGACGCUGGGUAGCCUCAAGGGAGUCGCCGAUCGCCGUCUCACAUGCGAUCAAGGUGCUCAUCGAGUGCGGAGUCCCCGAACCCACCGACAACCGCUAUGCACCCCCCGCCGUGUUUGUGGCGAUUCUCGCCAUCUGGGUCUUUAUCAAGUUCAACGGCAACCUGCUGCACCAGUUUGAUCCCACGGAACUGAUAUCCGUGUUUGGCGAGUGCAUGCCCUCACAGCCACAGGGGUACAAUGUCCUCCGCGGAGGCAUGAAGUACCUGAUCAGCUGCAAGGAGUGGAAGAUGAGUGCUGCGUUUGCGCUAGUCUUGGCCAAGAUCCUCGAUGACGAGGAGGCGAGUACCCGGGUUGCCGGUAAGAUGUAGCACACAUGCACGCGAUGAUGGCAG